AUGCCGUUUCCAAGGCUGCCAAGAGUUGGUACAUUUCUUCUUGCUGCUUCUGCAACUUCACUACUUACCUUUCCAUGGAGUCGUUCAAAUGUAAACUCUAAAAGUAGCCUUGCGGUUGCUCCUAAACUCAGGGAACAAGGUGACUGGAAUCACAAUUGGGACUUCGAUGAGGCCAUUCCUGCUUCCCCUCCCACGCAGUACCGUCGGCUCAAGCUCAUAAUUUUAGUCCGACAUGGCCAGUAUGACACCAAGGCUGCUGCUCCCGAACGGAAAGUUCUCACGCAGUUGGGGUGGAAACAGGCCGUAGCAACGGGCAAGAGACUACGUGAACUUGGAUACCACAUCGACUGUAUUGUACACUCAGAUAUGAUCAGAGCGCGACAGACUACGGCAGGUAUACUCUCUGAACUCGACCAGGUUCACCUGUCAGAAACUGGAAUUCUUGAGGUAGCGACAAGGCCUCCGGCUUUGACGGACCACGAAAUCGUGACUCGAUGCUCCCCACUGGUUUCUAAGUCCUGUCCCCUCCUAGAGUCGUCUCUGAUGGCUGAGGGACCACCUCCGGUUGAACCCGAACCAAGUCCUCCCUCUAGGACCAAGCAUCUUGAAAGCCUCUGUCCUGCCGAGCUAUCCGACCGCAUCAACACACAGAAUCGUAUCGGUUCGAGCUUCCAUCACCACAUUCACCGUCGGCCAGUGUCCAUCACCGGUGAGCGAGCGUUUCGCGGUGGUCCUACCGGUAGACGACCCUUUGAGGUGGUGCUUUUUGUGGGUCACGCAAACGUCUUCCGGUACUGGAUCUGUCGCGCCCUGCAGAUACCUCCUGAGGCUUGGCUUAGAAUCUCGCUACCCCAUGGAAGUAUCACAGAGCUGUUGGUGGAUACAGCGCCCCCAUCGGAGUGUACCGUGACCGCACUACGAAUUGGCGACGAUGGCCACAUCCCAGUGGAACUCCAGAGCCGAUGA